AUGAGCAAACGAGCAGAGCGAAAGAGAAAUCUAUGUAAUGAUGUAAGAAAGCGCAAUUAUAAGGUAGAUUGGCUAGAGACCCGUUUGGCUGGUGGCAGAGGGCCAUUCGAAGGAAGGGUUGAAGUAUUCUACCAAGGUGCCUGGGGUACGAUUUGUGACGACGACUGGGAUUUAGUUGAUGCUCAUGUAGUUUGCCGUACUUUCGGAUCCCCUCAAGCUUUGAGCUAUCACCGGAGCUCAUAUUUCGGCGAAGGAACGGGGGAAAUUAUCCUAGACGAUGUCGAUUGCUCAGGCACUGAGUCAAACAUCGCACUUUGUCGUCACAGCGGGUAUUCCAGUAGUAGCUGUGGACAUUCCGAAGAUGCUGGGGUCACAUGUUCUGUUAUAGCUGUACGACUUGUGGACGGGGUUUCUCCAAACGAGGGUAGAGUCGAGGUUAACUACCAAGGGUCAUGGGGUACUAUCUGUGACGAUUCUUGGGAUAUUAACGAUGCUACCGUUAUUUGUCGUAUGCUUGGUUAUCCUGGCAAAUCAUCUGUCUUGGAGCCCUUCGGCCAGGAGACUGGCAAUAUCACUAUAGGUGGCGUUAGAUGUAACGGAACAGAGAUGAGUAUUUCACAGUGUGGUCAUAACGGAUAUGGAGUUCACAAUUGCAGUCACAGUAUGGACGUUGGUGUAAGAUGUGGUGGGGAAGUUGAACUGUCUCUUCGUCUAACCGGUGGUAGGCGUGAGAAUGAAGGUCGUGUUGAAGUACUCUACAUGGGCGAAUGGGGCAAUGUCUGUCAAUAUGGGUGGAGCAUCACUGAUUCCGACGUGGUUUGUAGAAGUCUAGGCUUUCUUGGGGCAAACGAAACAUCAUUAUCUUUUGGUGGCGGACCAGGAAACGUGAUAUUGCGGAAGCCGGAGUGCUCUGGGAAGGAAUCUAGUCUUCUCGAGUGUCAAGGAUUUCGUUUCGGUUUUUCAUACUGCGGACAUACCGAGGCCCUGGGGAUUUCAUGUUUAGAGCAUGAUGAAAUCCAGGUUCGUUUGGUUGGAGGAAACUCUGACAAGGAAGGCCGAGUCGAAGCAAACUUCAACGGUACUUGGGGGACAGUAUGCGACGACAAUUGGGACCUUGAAGAUGCUAACGUGGUUUGUAGAAUGCUUGGGUUUGAACGGGCGGAGAGCUACACCUGCUGCGCUGGCUACGGAGAGGGAUCCGGCCCUAUUUUCUUAAACGAAGUACAGUGUGAUGGCACGGAAUCCAAUAUAGGAAAUUGCUCCAGAAGUGACUACAAAGUCAACGACUGUGAUCAUUCAGAAGAUGCCGGCGUCUCAUGCAUUGAAUAUGGCAGUGGUAGGGCAUUUUCGAAAUCCCUGUGCAGGUGCUUUAUAUAA